CUAUUUAUGUGUCAUUUGCUGUCAAAUUCUAAAUGUUUUGAUAUGCGUAUUCUUACAGUAUAUUAAUUAACAAUAAUUUUAUUCCUCUCUCAUCUAAAUCUUAAUGUAGGCUAUUGAAAUUCCAAAGCUCUGUGAAUCAUAACGUUGAAAAAAUAUUCAGAUUCAAAAUGACGGAGACAAAGACUUGUGAUGUUGUUCGUAAUGUUAAUAUAACAAUAAGUGACCAAGAAGAAAAUAUAGAAAUUUUAAUAGUUUCAUGUCGGAACAAUUCAGAAUUUUUCUCAAGCGAUAAUUCUGAAAGUGGCCAAAGAUUACAUAUAUCAUUUUUAGCAAUACUGGACUAUCUAGAUUCAUUGAAACCCAAAGUCCAAAGGAUACAAAAUGCAAUGCAUAAGUUUGAUUUUGAUAAAAAUGUACAAGGUAAUGGAUACAGAAGUUUUAUUUCAAUAGUUGGGUAUGCUUUGAAGCAUACCAAUGAUUUGAGUGAAAGAAUACUGAACAAGAGGGACAGUAUGCUAUUCAGAAAAGCUGCCUUAACAAAGGACAUAGAAUCAUGUUCUCAUUUAUUAGCAAGUCUGGAUACUUGUUUCACACAUUUGGAAACUAUGAUGUCUUGGAGUGAAGAAGGUAACUUAUUUCCAAGUGAAGAGCGCUCUCCUGAUGAAUUGAUUUCAUAUGCAGACAGUAUCAAUCGUUAUUGUUUCUAUGGAAGAAAUGUUGGUUUUCAGUAUUGUGAUUCUUUGAAAAAUAUUAUGAAGUUCAUAGUGUUGUCAAUGGCAAUAUUCUCAGAAGCCUAUUACAGUCAGGGCUCUUUUAUCUCAAAAGCUACCAAUUCUUUCUUCAGCACAACAAAAUUCAUUAGUGAUCCAGAAUUAGUAGCAAAACGAGUAGUGAAUAUAUCAACAAAAGCUGAUGUGGAAUUUUGUAAGGCCUUUUGGUUCUUGUCAGAAAGUGAAAUAAUGAAUCAAAUACCUUCAUUUAUUUCAUCAAGUGUUGCUGUAUCUAAAACUAUCAACUUGCCUGCAGAACCAUUGUUCAUCAAUGUAGGCGACAAGGAGAUAGAAGUUCCUAUUCCGUCCUCUUAUAUUGGAAAAAGAUCUGUUCAAGUUAGACUGAUUAGUCAUUCCGUCCAUGAUGGCAUGAUGGGGGAAUCGAAAAAUAAAGCAAAACCGGCAAGUCCAGGCCUUUUAAUUCAUUGUCAUGGUGGAGGUUUUGUAGCGCAGUCUUCCAAAUCGCAUGAGUGUUACUUGAGGGAUUGGGCUAAACAUCUCAAGAUACCGAUUUUGAGUAUCGAUUACAGUUUAGCUCCUGAAGCACCUUUCCCGAGAGCUUUGGAAGAAGUAACUUAUGCUUAUUGUUGGGCUUUAAAAAAUCAUAGUUCCCUUGGAAGUACAGGAGAGAAGAUCAUAGCUGCAGGAGAUUCUGCUGGUGCUAACUUGUUGGUAGCUACAUCUUUAAAGUGCAUCACAUUAGGACUUCCACCUCCUAAUGGGUUAUUUUUAGCUUAUAUCCCAACUCUAGUUAAUUUUGUACCAUCACCAUCAAGAUUACUUUCAAUGAUGGAUCCCUUGUUACCACUUGGAUUCUUAUUGAGAUGUCUCAAAGCCUACGCAAUGCCAGAUCCUUCCUUGCUGCAAAACAAAACAGUCAAUGGUCAGGCUAACUCUGAUACUGAGAGUUUUGAAGAGAUAACAGAGUCUGACCUUCAAGAAUUGCAAGCUCGGAAAUCACCGGUUUCGGACACAUCAGACACCCUCACUUAUGGAUCUCUUUGUUCAAAUCUGAACGAUGAAAAUGAGAAAGACAUGUACCUGACUGUUUCUGAUAUCGAGAAGAGCGAAAAACAAGUGUCAGAUUUUCUAGAAAAAUACGUUUUAGAAUCGGACACGGAUACAGACGCAACCAAAAUGAUUCCUUCAGAACAGGAAAUUUCGACAUCAGUUCAAAGUAACGAAUACUCAAUCCACAGCCGAGUUAUUACAUUUGUUUCGUCAUUAAGGAGUCGUAUCAGCAACAUCAUUGGUAGUCCAGAAGGCACUCGAGAAGUACCUAGAGAUAAUACAGAAUUGUUCGAAGGACCAAGCAAAUUCCACGAUGACUUCAAGUUCAAAGCUGAAGCAGAUCCUUUCCUUAGUCCCAUUUUAGCUAGUGAUGAUCUUUUGAAGCAGUUACCUCCAGUUAAAGUAUUGACAGUUGAACUGGACCCAUGUCUAGAUGAUUGUGUGAUGUUUGCGAAGAAAUUGAAGUCUCUGAAUAAUGACGUAACUCUUGAUGUAUUGAAGGGCCUACCACAUGGUUUUCUAAAUUUUUCAAUGCUCUCCAAAGAAGCCUAUGAAGGCUCUAUUAUUUGUGUCCAAAGAAUCAAGCAACUUUUCAAUUUUCCAAGUGAUGAUUGAUAGAUAUAGAAAAAAGUAGGUGCAGGUUUUAUCACUUAGAAUUUAUUUUGAAUUUCUGAACAUCAUAUUAAAAACAGAAGAAUAGUAUUCAUAAUAUGCUUCAUAGCUACAAUAAAAACAUAAUGACUCAAAAUUCUAUGUUGACAUAGGAGUUAACUGAAUGUAGACAACAAUUGUUCAAAAAAGAGAAGUGUGUGACAUACAUGACUUUACAUUGAAAAAAUAUUUUUAUAUGGUGAUAUUGUUCUUUAAUUACAUGUUAUGUAUGUUUAAAUUAAUUCUUAUUAACUUAGGCCUAAAUAAUUUGUGUGUCAUUAUGUGGAAAGGUGGUGGUUUAUUUUGGAAUUAGUGGUUAAAAGAAUAUUUGGAUCUAAUUUUUAUGGUAAUGGUAUGGUGGAAUGUAUUUUCAGUUGGAAGGUUUUGAGUAGAACAAAGUCUUGAUUUUCAAUUUUUUUUGUAUAACUAUAAUUUGAAAUUAUUUUUGUUAUACAUAACUAAUUUCGAAAUGCUAAUGAAAUUAUUUUUAUUUUUUUUUCUCAAGUGGAUAAAAGGUCUAAUAGUAUUUACUUUAUCUUUGUAGUUGUUUUUAUUUUAUAUAUGACUGAAAUAUUUACCAUUAAUUUUAAUUUAUUACUAAUGAUCCAAUUUACCGUUUCAAUGAAAUAAUUAACUUUUCUGAAUAUUUUUUCAAUUGUCUGAAAGUAUUUUCAAAUGAAGGAAAUAAAAAAUAGUUUGUUUUUUAUUUCCUUCAUCGUUCUUUUCUUAUUUUUAUUUUGUUUUAAUGAUCUUUCCGAAAAAUAACUUUAUCACUGUAAGCAAUCUUAAAUCUCCAAAAUUUUAGAUGAUAUAUGUUGAAGUACAACGCAAAUGAUCAAAUUCGAUCAAUAACAGAGUAAUGCAGGUAGAUUUCAUCAAAUGAUCCCUCAAAUAUAUCUAUGAAAAAAAUUGUUCCACAUUUGUAGUACCUUCAUUAAAAUAAUAUAAAAAAUCUGAAAAUUAGACUCUCUUAUAAUAAAGAAAAAUUCUUCAAUUUAUUUGAAUCUUGAGAUCAAUAUGUAAUGUAAAAGUAACAUAUAUGGAUCAUUUUUGGCUUCUAGUCUUCUCUCAUUUUCUCUUCUCAUGAAAAUUUCUAUGUGAUAAUUAAUUGUUCCUCCUUUUUUUUACCCAAUUUUUAAUAGGUUUAGGAAAUAUUUUUAUGUAGUUUUUUUUAUUUAUUGUAUAUGUAUUUAUUUUCAAAUAUACUGUUUUGAUUA